UGAGAAAGCAUAAUUUUUUCACAUGGUUUAUCUCUAGUAAUAUUAUAUAGCCCAGAUAGAUAGCUCUUUUAAUAAGUUAUUCAAUUUGCCCUUUCAGUUGCAUUUAAAAGGGUAUGUGCUAAAUGUCAACUUAUUUGUUUAUGUAGGGGUUAUAUAUAGACGUAUACAACUUGAAUGGGCUUGUGAAUUUAAGCUGACAUUCUCUGGAGCUGUGUUGGAAGGAAUUCUCUUUAUCUCUCUUAUAUUCUCCUUUGGAGAUUAAUGAUUCAGAACAUGCCUUUCAAGGAAUUCUUCACUGAAUAUGGUGAAGCAAAUUUAUAUGAAAUCCAGGAGGUUGUUGGUAAGGGAAGUUACGGUGUUGUGGCUGCUGCAGUUGAUACUCACACCGGAGAAAAGGUGGCUAUAAAGAAGAUAAAUGACAUUUUUGAGCAUGUCUGUGAAGCUACUCGCAUUCUUAGAGAGAUCAAGCUCCUCAGGUUGCUUCGGCACCAAGACAUAGUUGAGAUUAAGCAUAUCAUGUUGCCUCCAUGUCGGAGAGAAUUCAAGGAUAUCUACGUUGUGUUUGAGUUGAUGGAAACGGACCUCCAUCAUGUAAUCAAGACAAAUGAUGAUCUUACACCCGGGCAUCAUCAGUUCUUUUUGUAUCAGUUGCUUCGAGCUUUAAAGUAUAUCCAUUCAGCAAACGUGUUCCACCGGGAUUUGAAGCCCAAAAACAUCCUUGCUAACGCAGACUGCAAGUUGAAGAUAUGCGACUUUGGGCUAGCUCGUGCAUCGUUUGGUGAUGCCCCAUCUGCUGUUUUCUGGACUGAUUAUGUGGCGACCCGGUGGUAUCGUGCUCCUGAACUUUGCGGUUCCUUCUUUUCCAAAUAUACCCCGGCUAUUGAUAUAUGGAGCAUAGGAUGCAUAUUUGCUGAAAUGGUCACUGGCAAACCAUUGUUUCCCGGGAAGAAUGUUGUCCACCAGUUGGAGCUCAUAACCGAUCUUCUUGGCACACCUUCUCUCGAAGCUAUCUUGAGGAUUCGAAAUGACAAGGCCCGAAGAUAUUUAAGUAGCAUGAGAAGGAAAGCACCUAUACCUCUGUCGCAAAGGUUCCCAAAUGUUGAUCCCCUGGCUCUCCGUUUACUUGAGCGCCUAAUUGCAUUUGAUCCCAAAGAUCGUCCGUCUGCUGAAGAAGCAUUGGCAGAUCCAUAUUUUUACGGGCUGGCAGAUGUGGAAGAUGAACCAUCAACACAACAUAUCUCAAAAUUUGAGUUUGAGUUUGAAAGAAGAAAUUUAACGAAAGAAGACGUGAGGGAAUUGAUCUACCGAGAGAUCUUGGAGUAUCAUCCCCAGAUGCUCCAGGAGUACCUCCGUGGUGCGGACCAGAUUCACUUUAUGUAUCCAAGUGGAGCUGAUCAAUUUAAGCAGCAAUUCUUCCGCCUUGAGGGGCAAGUAGGCAGAACACCAAUGCGAAGGCGCUACGCUUCCUUGCCCAGGGAACGUGUAUGCGGGCUCAUUGAAGAGGAUCCUGAUCGAAGUGAUUCCAGAAGUCAAGCUGUGGUGCCAGUUCCACGUCCAGUCCUGCAGAGUCCCAGAAACUCAUUGGAGAUCAAAAGAUCAGAAGCUCCAAAGGCCAGUGCAAAAGCUAAAGGUGAUCAUAAAGUAUCGUGCUACAGCGCCCGUUGCUUGCUGAGAAGUGAUAGCAUCAGUGCUUCGAAAUGCAUUGGAGUGCAAGGAGAAGACUACCUGUGAGGUGCAAUCGCCUCACGUAUGGUAUCCUUGUCAAUGAUCAUCCUGCAAAUGGGUCAUGGAUCUGAAAGUUGUGCAAAAUUCUUGAUUUAUGGAUACUUAGUUGUCCAAGAUUGUUGAUUUGUUGCUGUAACAUCAAGUGUGUAUCAUUUAAUUGUUUCAGUAUUUACAUUGUAAGUUUGUAACCAUUCAACAAUUGGUCUACUCUAGCCGUCUGAGACAAAAUUUGUUUUAACAUUUACAUAUUUAUUUAUUUUGUAAAAAAAUACAUGAUUAACAUGGAACAUUUUUGUACUGAAUUUUUGUUUAGAUACUGUUUCCAACUUGGAUUUUUUUUUGAAAAUAAGAGAAAUCAGUUGACUGCGGUUCGAUUCGCCGCUCACCUUACUAAUUAUUAACAUUUUCUAAGAAAGCAAUCCAUAAAGUAAAAAGGUUUAAUCAUGAAUGACGAAACUCGAACGUACAUCCACCCAUUCCAAAUCAAGAAUAUCGAAAACACCGAAAUGGAACAGAUUUUGAAGUAUGUAGUGGCCUUUGGAGGCGGCUUUGCGGAGAGCUCCGAAAUCGGCAAUCAGUAAAAAAGCAAAAUUAAUCACUUUUCCAUUGAAAACAGAAUCGGAAGCACAAAGCCGUACUAUGAUGCCAUUGUUAAUUUAAAGGCUAAAUUCGCAGGGCGGCCGCAGAAAACCUGCGGGUAUUUCAGAGCAACGAACUUUUAUUCGUUCAAGCUCUCCCCAUUUUGCGUUUUAGCCAUAAUCUUUGCUUAAACAAAUGUUGAAUACGGAAAACAGAGAGAGAAUCAAACAAACGAAAUAGAGAAGGCGUGUGCCAGCUGCGGAAGGAACCAUAAACCCUAAUUAAGCUGCAGAGUUAGAGAGGAUGGGCCUUUAUUUAUUUAUAGUGCUAAAGUAGAUAUGUGGGUAUAUUGCGUAAUUGCUUAGACAUCCUUCUACUCUGCUUUAUUUCUAUUUAGUCAUGCUCUUUAUAUUUUUGAACAAAUUUAAAUUUAGCCCCAAUUAUUCGCAAUACUCAGUAGCACUCCAGCUGCCCAAAGCGGUUACCAUGGCCAAUACCGCUUGUAUUUAAAUACAAUUUCAUCUCCUUCGCUAGAAUUUUACAUCGUGCCUCAUUCUGAAUGCCUUUCUUGUCCUUAGGUGUAUUUGUUUAUCUGAUCAAGUGUUAUAUUCAAUCAUUCGCUUUACUUUUUCUUGCGAUCAGUUGUCUCAGUAGAUAUUGACAGCUUUUAUGCUGAUAUUUGAGUUUUAAAAAAUUCGACAAGGAGUCAAUUUGAAAAGAGUAGGCCUUUCAUUUGUGUUUGUCUACUUCCUGCUAGGUUGAGUUCCGUUUCUGUUUAGUGUGAUCUAGCUGAGCUUCUGUUUGUUUCUAUAUUCUACAGUUUUCCCCUCAUAUGAAUGACUCAAUGGCUGCAUCAUCUUGGCAGCUCCGUUUCACUCUGUUAUCCUUUGGUUUAUGGAAGUGACUUCAUUGGAUUUACAAUUGUGUAUCAUGCUAUGGGGGCUGCCUAAAUUUAUUCCCUGGUUUAAGUUGUGUCGUUUUUUUGAAUACCAAUACAGCAUUUCCUGUCUAUGAGUAGUUGAUUGCUGGUGCCAAAACAGUUCAUUUCUCAUGCUUUGUAGGAGUUACGAGUACUACACUAACCAAAUCCACAGUUAUCAUAACUAGUUUAUUCUCAUCGUUUUAUGUACUCAUAAUUUGAAGAUGGUAUCUACUCUUUACAUUUACUUGUAUAUUAAAUUAAAAUGUUGUUACCUGUAUGCAAACAUGACACAAAUUCUCUUCUGGCCUUACUGGAAGUUUAUGCAUGGAGCCUCAUCUAGUAUCCCCUUGUACGUUAUUUGUUGUCAGAGUAGGAAAUUAACUGAACAGCCUUCAUGAACCUCAAAUAACUCUUCCUUGUAUAUGGCAUUGAAGUAUAUCAUAAUUCCAAGAAGUAGUUUGUUCUGUAUGAGAUACUUUAGAGGGUUAACUACUUUGGUAGCUAUUUUUUCUAGGAAAUUUUAAUUGGCCAAGCUCAUGCUUUUAUAUAGGCUUUGUUAACUUAUAAAAUUAAACCUUGUUCGAUAGGGUUUCAGCGAUAAAUGCUUGCGACAUGCUGUGAAUUUAUAAGUUGAGAGAGCAGGAGUAUCUUUGGCAGAUGUCUGAGGAGAUUAGCUUUUAAACUAUUACAAUUGAAGUUUUGAUUUGUGAUGGAAUAUCUUGUGAAGAUCCUUCAUUUCUAUGCAGAUUUAGCAAUUUUCUUGCACCAAUUAAUUUUACAUCAUGCUUUCGGUCAAAUAAGUUUCCUGAAAAGUUGUUGAAGGGUUUAGCAGUUUAGAUGUGUUUGAAAAGCUAAUGUCUCAAGAGCUGUACAAGAUGCUUGCAAAUGUUGCAUAAGAUGGCCUAUCUGCCCUUGGAAUUCUCUAUAUAGAGUUCUUAAGGUGGCUUGAAUCCUCAUAAGUUUCUUCUGUUUUCUUAUCCUCAUUUUUAUCUCUUGUUAUUCUACUCUUCUUGGAUCCUUCAUAGGGUGAUGCCGGAUGUGGUAGCAUUUUUGUCAUGCAUGGAGCAUUUAUGGUUCCAACAGAGCUGCUAGCAAUCCUGUUAGCACCUUCUUGGCUUGCUUGAGAAAGUUGAGUAUGCCAUUGCAAAGCCUUCUGUAUCUCUCUUGACAGGGUCUCCAAACUGGGAUAUCUCCAUGGUCACUGGAACUCAUUUUUUAAUAGCUGAAAAGGUGGAAUUUUCACUUUCGCGUAUGGCUGCUGUAGACGAGCCACAGUGCUUUGGUGUUGUUAAGAGAAGAUCCUUCAACAGCAAGUUAGAUCAACUUGUUCUGAAUGACUCAGCAAAAAGUGAUGUCAGCCACACCGAUACCAAGAUCGCUCAUUGAGACAUGUGUUAUAGGAGGAAACGAAGUUGGAGUUCAUAAGGUUUACCAGGCGUCUCAGGCAUAUCCUAAGCGUUCCGAGGCCUUCUAAAAAUAUGGACCUCCUCCUCCUCCUCCUCCAGUGACUUGCUCGGUAAGAAACAGCCCGGCCACCUUCAUCGUUACGAGGUUGGAGAUAGCUGCAUUGCAUUGUUUGUUGGUGGUAGCAGAAAGUUGUAAUGAUUCCCAGAACUGAAAGCUGAGCUUACCAUCAGACAGCCGCUUUGCUUUGUGGAGCAUGUAUGCUAUCUGCUAGCUUAGCUUACUAGUUGUCCGAACCUAUGACGUCAUAUUUACCUAGUGCUGACGCUUGAAACUGGUAUAAAUCUUGGUUAGUAACAAGGUACUGUUUGAAGGUGGUCUCUCUCAUGACUCACCUCAUCUGAUGUGUGCAUAAUCAAGGGAGGGGAGAGCAGAGCAGAGCAGAAGGAGGAGCAAGGAGUUGAAGUGGGGCCCAACUGUUGUCCACUGAUACUGCAGUGUUGGGUUGUUGGCUGCCGACUACAAGACCAAUAUGUGGGGCCCCUUCGUCUCCCUAAUUUUAUGGGACUUUGGCCCACUACUCUGCUUAAUCAUUACAUAUUAGGUGCGCCUAAAUACCAUCCUAUUUUCGACUUCUUUUUUUUUUAAUUUAUAAAUAAUCAAUAAAUUACCAUUAUACAUAAUCGUAAAAACUAGUGCUACUUAUUUUGUACUCCAUGAAGUGACUGGCAUCGAAUUUAUAAUGGUAUUGAAAUUAUUGUUGUGCA